AGAAAGACAAGCUGUCGUUUUAUUCUCUCGCUUCUCGUUUGUAGUACGCUGUACACGAAGGCACCAUUUUAUAUUGUGUGUUGAUUAAUACUUGUUAAUGUUUUAAAAAAUGAGUGAUUAUUCCGCGGUAGCUCCGCCACCACAACAAAACUUUAAUCAAUCUUCAGCAUUUGCUGCUGCCUUACAACGCGCCAAACAGAUUGCUGCAAAAAUUAAUCCAGGGGCAACGAAUUCAGGAGAGAGUAGACCUAAGAGACCUCUAGAAGACGGUUCAGAAUUUGAUUCAGAACCGGAUGCGAAAAAAGGACCUGGUUCACUUGGACCUCCACCUUCACAAGGGCCUCCACCACUUGGAAGGCCUCCACAAAAUCAGGGUGGAAUGGGUGGCCCUGUUAUGGGAAGUGGGCCACAAAUUAACGAGGAUAUCAAAGUACCUGACAAAAUGGUUGGAUUAAUAAUUGGUCGUGGAGGGGAACAGAUAACAAGACUUCAAUCCGAGUCAGGUUGUAAGAUUCAAAUGGCACCUGAUUCUCAAGGUAUGCCAGAUAGAAUUUGUUCAUUGUCGGGUACAAAAGAGGCUAUUUCUCGGGCGAAAGAACUAAUUAUGAACAUAAUUCAUCAAAGAGGCCGGUCCGAAGGUGUACCUGGCCUUGAUAUGGGCGGGCCAGGUAUGGGACCACCUGGCAACCAAGGCGGCGGUGCCCAUAAUAAUUUUCCAGGAAUGAACAACAUGAACCCUAAUAUGGGUGGUGGACCUGGCGGACCAGGAGGUCCUAGUGGUCCUGGUGGACCAGGUGGCCCAGGUGGCCCAGGUGGCCCAGGUGGUCCAGGUGGACCAGGUCUUGGAGGACCUGGUGGUCCAGGAGGACGUAAUACCUUGGAAAUAAUGAUACCGGGUCCAAAAGUUGGUUUAAUAAUAGGCAAAGGGGGGGAAACAAUAAAACAGUUGCAGGAAAAAAGUGGAGCGAAAAUGGUUGUUAUACAAGAUGGACCAAAUCAAGAGCAUGAAAAACCAUUAUUGAUUACGGGAGACCCACAGAAAGUAGAAUAUGCUAAGCAAUUGGUAUAUGAUUUAAUUGCAGAAAAGGAAAUGAAAAAUUUCAAUAGACGUGGUGGUGGAAGAAAUGAUAACAGACAACAAGAUCAGUACAAUGAUUUUGGUGGUGGAGGUAAUGAUUCAGAGGUUUUAGUGCCAAGAGCAGCCGUAGGUGUUGUAAUUGGAAAAGGAGGAGACAUGAUUAAGAAAAUUCAAGCGGAAACUGGAGCUCGGGUUCAAUUCCAACAGGCUAGAGAUGAAGGGCCAGGUGACAGACGCUGCUUCCUUUCUGGAAACCCAAAACAGGUGGAACAGGCAAGGCAAAGGAUAGAGGAACUCAUAGAUAGCGUUCAUCAAAGGGACAGUGGCGAUGGUGGCGGUCGCCCUGGUGGAGGUAUGCGCGGUGGCGGCAGAGGAGGCCGAGGUGGGGGUGGUGAUAGGUUCGAUAGAGGAAAUAGAAAUGGAGGACAAGAUUACGGAGGUGGUAAUAAUCAGUGGGAUGAUAGGAGAGGUCCCCAACAGCCGCCACAAGAAGUUUCAUUCACUGUGCCUAGUAAUAAGUGUGGAGUUAUUAUAGGGAGAGGGGGUGAAACCAUAAAGCAGAUCAAUCAACAAUCCGGUGCAUAUUGUGAACUUGACAGACGGUCUCAGAAUCAAAAUUCCAACGAAAAGACUUUCACAAUUAAAGGUGACUUAGAUCAAAUAGAAACAGCAAAGAGAAUCAUUAGUGAAAAAGUACAAAUGCCAUUAAAUUUUGUUACUACUGGAGGAGGUGGUCCACCAAUGACUAAUAACAUGCCAACGGCAUACCCAGGAAUGGCACCUCAAGGCUAUAACCCGCAAGGUGGUUGGGGUGUCCCUAACUAUCAACAGCAAUGGGGUAGUGGUCAACCACAAAGCAAUGAACCUGCACCUGCUCAAUCCGGACAAGUACAAGUUAAUCCUAGUACAGGUCAGCCAGACUACUCUCUUCAGUGGGCAGAAUAUUAUAGGUCUCUAGGUAUGCAUCGAGAAGCAGAGAUGAUUGAGCAGCAGGCUAAAGCAAAAGGUGGUAAUCCUAGUGGUGCAGCUGCUCCUCAAGCCCCAGGUCCAGCAGCAGUUGCUCCUAAUCCUGCUUCAGCAGCAGCACCAGCCAAUGGUGGCCAACCGGACUAUAGUGCUCAGUGGGCUGAAUACUACAGGAGUAUAGGAAAACACAAGGAAGCAGAAGCAAUUGAAGCACAAAUGAAAAAUAAGGGAAGCGUGUCACAACCAGGAGCAGGUGCACCCGCAGGCACACCAACAGCGGCUCCAGGACAAGCACCUGCAGGUAGUUACCAACAACCUUACGGUGCAUAUCAACCUCCCGCUGGUUAUUAUGGUGGCCAACCGCAAGCACCCGUGCCAGGUGGUGUAGCACAAGGAGGUUAUGGUUUUCCAGCCUAUGGGUAUGGUGGUCAACAAGGAGGUGCCCCCCCAAACUCACAGGAUAAUUAAAAUUGGUGUUACAUUUUAAAUAUGGCUCCAAAUUCAACUAUCCACAGGAGAAUGAUUUCUUAUUGAUUAAGAAAAUUUUAACAUCUGUCUUAGUUAUAAGCAACCAUAUUUUAUCAGCGGUGUGCCAGCCUAUAGAAAACUUCGUUUAAAGAAAUCCACAAUAGAUUUAAAUAGAAAUAAGCUAUUUUUGUUCAUAUAUAUUAUAAAACAUUGGAAAUUGCUUCCAAUAAAAUAUUUGAACUCAGUAUUUA